CUUAUUCUUUAGAACUCGGACUUCCAUCUGUGGUUGCAUUCAUGUAAUGCUCGGAAUUGAAUUCGUACUUUGACUCUUGAGCUCGACGUCUUUCCAAGAGCCAAUCUCGGUUGCAAACAAGUGUUUCAAGAGAUUCAGCACUAAGACAACUUCGGAACACAGUUAGAAUGUUGCCGCCAGCACUGAAUUCGUGUUCCACUGCUACAGUUGAUACCGGGACGGACAACACUUGUCUUGCCAGAGUGAUGGAGGAAACAUUCUCGUCCUCCUUGGAUUUCUUGCCGCCGUUGAAGAUCUUGGAAACCUUGGAGAUUGUCUUCUUCAUGAAGAGGAAACGUGGAGAUCAAAAGAGAAGGCAGUGGCCCUAUGACCCAGAAAAAUAUUGCAACUUCCAUAGAAGGCCUGGACACGCCACUGAAGAAUGCCAUUUCCUCAAAAAGAUGGAAGGAGAGAUGAAGAACAAAGAACCAAGUGCCAAUCAGGAGCCGAACCAAGGAGGUAACGUUUGGCGUAGGGACGCCCAACCACAACAGCAAGUCCAGGAGAACCCGGAAGAAUUUCUCCAAGUAGCAGUCAUCUUUGGCGGUCCAGAAACAGGAGUCACAAGCAAGGAGAGGAAGGAAUGGGCUCGCAAGCUAUAUGUGGGGUCCAUUGACAUAGGCCAAGCGGCCAAGAAAGGAAGGAGGGAGCCCAUUGUCUUCUCGGACGAAGAUUUACCACUCAUUCUUAGUCAUCAUCAGACCCCCCUGGUAAUUUCUAUGGCUAUUCACAAAUUUUUUGUUAAAAGAAUUUUGGUGGACACUGGAAGCAGUGCCAAUGUGCUGUACUGGGAAGCCGCCCAGCAAUUGGGAAUCAGGAAGGAAGAUCUCACAAAGCUUAACAUGCCCUUGUCCGGCUUCACUGGAGAUAUAAUUGAACCGGAAGGGUCCAUUAAAUUGGACAUCAUCAUAGGCGAACAUCCUAAGGUGAGACAUAUGAGGAUGGAUUUUGUAGUGGUCGACAUCAAAUGCGCUCACAAUGCCAUCUUAGGGAGGCCUGGGCUAGAGGACUUGGGAGGUGCACUAUCCCUUGAACACCUGUUCCUCAAGUUUAGGACUCCUGAAGGUGUUGGGAGGGUGCUUGGUGAUCAGCCCGCGGCCAAGAAGGCCUAUCUAAGCGCCUGUAAGAAGAUAGACAAGGAGAACCUCAACAUCCAAACCAUCGGGCAUGUUUUGGAAGAUAAAGAAAGGAAGGAGGAAGACCGGGAGAGGCCCAAGCCAGCGGUGGAAAAGGAGGAAGUGGUGCUAUUCCCGGAAGGGGAUCAAGAAAAGGUUGUGAGGAUCGGUUUAGGGCUAGGGGAGGAUACCCGUGAAGAGAUAAUCCGAGUAUUAAGAGAAAACUCGGUCCUCUUUGCAUGGGAAUCCAAGGAUAUGCCCGGAGUCGAUCCCUCAGUCAUUUGCCAUAGGUUGAACAUCGAGAUGGACUCCUUCCCGGUCAAGCAGAAGAAAAGAUAUCAGUCCACGGACAGAAAAGAAUUUGUGAGGAAGGAGGUGAAAACCCUUUUGGAGGCCGGCCACAUUAGGGAGGUCCAAUAUCCCAAAUGGCUCGCCAAUGUGGUGCUGGCACCAAAAGGGGACCCCUUUCGCAUGGAGCAAGAGAUGGACGGACAGGCUUGUCCUCCAGUGGACGGCCUCAAGCUGAGAUACAUUCCCCCAGAUGGAGGAAGGCUGGCACGAAUAUUCCCCCAAUCACUGCCAUUAUUGAAGAGGAUAAUGGAUGGGGAGUGCCUAUAAAAGAAAGAGGGACUUGGGGA